AUGUUAGACCACAUGGAUGAUCUAACUAGUAUAGUAGUAGUACUAACACAUACGAUGGAGGCUAUCAAACAACUAUUCCUAAAAUCAACAGGACAAAGGAAUCUAAUCAUUACUCUUGUCACAUCAGUCUCUUUAUUUAUUAUCACCUGUAUAUAUACCUAUCGAUUGAAAUCUUCUUCACGACAACAAUCAAAAACUACUACAACAACAAAUGACGAACAUAAACAGUCAUCAACAAUAUCAACACCAUCAAAGAAUAACAAUAAUAAUAAUAACCAACAUGUAGCUUCUACAAAUGAAUCUGCAGCAUCAUCAUCAACAACACCAAAGAAGAUUGUUAAUGAAAAGUCACCUGCAAAGCCACAACAACAACAACAACAACAGGUAACAAGAUCAUUACAAAAGGUUAUAGAUCCAAUCAAUCUACCUCAUUCCAUUUUAAUGAUCAUUUUUGAACAACUAUCAUUUAAAGAUUAUCAAAGAUCUAAAAAGGUUAGUCGUAAUUGGAAUAAAGUAUUAAACAAAAUAGAUAGAAUAUGGAUGGGAUAUUCAAUGGAUAAAUGGGGAUAUAACAACAUUCCACUUCCAACUACCGAGGAUGAACAAAUAGAUUAUUUCAAAUUCUUUAAAUCAAAAUAUAGAGAAGAACAAAAAAGAAUUGGAUUUGAACCAGAGAAAUAUAUCAUUUCAAUAUUUGAACAAUGUGCUGAUUUUACAGAAUCAUCAAGAUGGAAAAUGGAAAAAGUUAUUUGUUCAAGUUCAUGGUGGAAAAAGAGAUUGGUAGAAGAAAUGAAUACAAGUUUAACAUUGUCAAAAUUGGAAUUGACAGAGAGAAAUCCAAAUAUUAUUAAUGCACCAGGUGCCAUAUUGGUUGGAAAUAUUAUAGAUCAAAGCGAUGGUAAUACUAUUGUCGGUAAAUUCCGUUUCAUCGACACGUAUGACGCAUCGAUAAAGUUUGAAACAGAAAAAUGGAUUGGAAAGACUAUCGAUUGUCCUUGGACUGGUGAUUUGGUUGGUUAUUUUAAUUGGACGCUGUAUCCAUUGGAAAAUCAAUUCUACGAUGACGACAAAAAGAAUGGAAAAUUCACAGACGAGGGAUCGGUCGAUCGUCAGUUUGAAGAGAAAUACAAAACAUUGGUUGUUGAAUUUUUACGUACAUUGACCUAUGAAACACGUGGUAUCGUGUCACGUAUCGGUACUGGUAUCACUGCCAAAUCGGUAGUCUAUGAAUCAUGCAAAUUGUCAUCAGUCUUUGGAAAGUAUGGAAUGAACGACGGUGAUUGUUUGAUCGACACUGACGAGACCAGUUCCUACAUUGUAACAUUGAUCGACACGAUCCAACACUUUUUAGACAAAAAGCAAGUAGAAGGAUGCAAGGUUGUCUAUACAUCACAAACCAGCCACAACCCAAUUCGAUACACUGGACACAUUACAAAGGAAAUUCUCUCACUCCAAAUUUCAAUUUGGAUCUACAAUACCAUCAUCUUGUCUAAUCGUAAACUUUGGGGUAAAAAAUUAGAUUAA